AUGAGUCCUUUCCGCUUGGUUUAUGGAAAGGCCUGUCAUCUCCCAGUUGAGUUAGAACACAAGGCCUUCUGGGCAGUAAAAGAAUGCAACAAGGACUAUGAGAAAGCCAGAGAUGAACGAAAGUUGCAACUGCAGGAAUUAGAGAACCUUCGUCUAGAAGCUUAUGAAAACUCCAGGCUGUAUAAAGAGAAGGUGAAGGCUGUGCAUGACAAGAGCAUUAAGAGAAGAGAAUUCCUACCUGGGGACUUAGUCCUACUUUACAACUCCAGAAUGCGACUCAUGCCAGGCAAGCUGAGAUCCAGAUGGGAUGGUCCCUAUCGAGUAGAGCGGGUGGAACCAUACGGAGUCUUUCACUUGAGCCAUCCUUCAAGCUCUGAACUUAUCAAAGUGAAUGGACAUCGCUUGAAGUUAUUCCAUGGUGAAAAGAUGGCGAAAAACCAAGAACUAGAGAUAUUCCUCUUAGAAGAUCCGCCCACAGAAGAAGUCUGA